AUAUAUAUAGAUAAAAAGUCUACAUUUUCAUAAUUAAUGUUAGUUUUCUAUAAAGUAUUUAACAACAACUUUGUCCUAAUAUGAAUUUAUUAUUCGCACUCUUAUUCACAAGUUUCUUCGUAAGUAUCAGCCAAGCUGCUGAUCAAUCAGAUGUUAAUUUCUUAACUGCAUUUGUUGGUGAUUUCAAGGAUCAUAGAGGAGAAUAUAUUUUAUAUUUGGCAACAGCAACUAAUGUGCCUCCUGAAGUAACAUCGUUGGCUUUAGAAAUUGCAACAUAUACGGAUGAUUCAUAUACUACAAUAUUAGAUGAUCCAGAAAUAGAUAUUUCUAGUUUGGAAGCCUUUGCUACUAACUUGCCUUGGUACACCAGAAUAGAGGCUGAAGCAAAUGAAGGUAAUUCCAAUCAAAACAAUGAGGUAGAAAUAUCAUUACAUAGUGGGGAAAAUGUCACUAUUACUACCACUGAUGAAAGUGUUUCUACCACUUUAAGUUCUUCAAGUACUACGCCAGCCAUUUCUGAUACUACUUCUGUUAAUGGUGGUAUAUCGAGAACAUAUGCUCCAGUUGGUGCAUUAUUGGGAGUAUUAUUUCUUGGUCUUGGUUUACUAUAGAAUAAUAUAUAUUAAGUUAAGUAAAUAUAAAUUUUUAUAAAAUAUUGGCGAAUUUUCAUAGAUAAUUUAUAACAAAAUGUCCAUUAAAUUAAAUUUAAAAGAUCAAUGCGAAAUUCUUAAGUUCCAA